AGGGAACAUGGGUGAAUGUUCGGGAUAGAGACCUCCGGAAAAGGCAGUCCAGGCAUGUGGGCCGGCGGCGGCCUGCCUCGGCCUGCCACUGCCUGCUCGCCGUCUCUCUCCUACUUACUCUUAUUUCUUCCACACAGGCCGCCCUUCCUUUCUGGUGAACAUUGCAGGGUGUGGGCGCAAGUAGCCCGUUCAUUGCCCGCUUGUUCUCUACAUGUCUCCUCACAGUCGUCAACGUUUACGUUCUAUGCUCUGGCCUUUAUUUCCAAUCGUAAUAUACAUUCAUGCUGCUUUCUCUCAAGAAAUAUCCACAAACACACCCGUGCCACCAUUGCAAUGGAUAAACCUAACACCUCUUCUGGGUGGAUCCGCUGCACCCCCACCGCUAAAGGAUGCGUCCAUUGGUUAUGAUGACACCAGCAGG